AUGACUACUGAUUCUUUGGUUGCAUCGCUGCUGCAUCGCACAAAAGCUAAAUAUAUUGAAUCUGCUAAAAGCGAUAUUAUCAUCGCUCUAAAUAGUUUUCCUGAUCUUUCACCAGAAGCUGAAAAUUUUGUUUUUCCGGAUGGACAUCGUAGACUUUCUUUCCGAUUGAAAGGAACUAUUCCUGUUUUCUACAAAGGCAAUACAUAUAACAUCCCUGUUGCGCUUUAUUUGUGGGAUACUCAUCCAUAUUAUGCUCCGAUUUGUUUUGUUUGUCCCACAUCAACGAUGAUGAUCAAAGAAUCAAAGACUGUUGACAAACAGGGUCGGAUAUAUCUUCCUUAUUUAACAGAUUGGCGCUUUCCUGGAUAUGACCUUAGUGGAUUGUUACAAGUAAUGGCUUGCUAUUUUCAAGAAAGUUGUCCUGUUUUUGCUAAACCGACUAGCGGAGCAGGAGCACCAUCACAGCCUCAGCAGCCAUAUACUCCUUAUCCGUUAUCUAAUCAAUCAUCACAACAGCCAUACAUUCCUUAUUCAACAUCCAGUGCACCUGGAAUGCCUGCCAAUCCACUUACUAAUUCGCAGUUGCCCAAUUUCUCGAAUUAUCCAUCAUUAUUUUCUAACGCUGCUUCACAGUCGUCUCAUUUAAGUGGGACUAUACAACCAGAACAUUUAAAAGCUUCUUUGUUAAGUGCAGUGGAAGAUAAAAUUAGAAAACGUCUCAGGGAAAAAUUAGGAACAAUUCAUGCUGAAAUUGCGUCGAUUCGCCAAACUCAUUCUGAUCUGCGAGCUGGACAGCAAGAAUUGAAAAAAAUUAAAGAUCAGUUAGUAAAUGAGCAGAAGAACUUGGAUGAAAUUCUUAAUAUCUAUAAAAAUAAAAAAGCAGAAAUUGAUUCUGUGAUUUCAUCUUUCAACGACGAUGCUGAUUUAGAUAUUGAUUCAGUAAUUAAUGCUUGUACGCCACUUCAUCGACAGUUGUUACGCUGUUAUGUGCAAGAUUGUGCAAUUGAUGAUGCAAUAUAUUUCUUGGGACAGGGUUUAAAAAGUGGUCGGUUGACAUUACCAAAUUAUCUUAAAGAAGUACGACAACUUUCUCGAAAACAAUUCAUUCAUCGAGCAACACUUCUCAAAUGUCGUAUUAAAGCAAAAUUACCAGUUUAA